AUAAAUAAAAAAGAAAAAGUUCGAUCUCGUGCAACGUGUUCUGAGCAACAACAGCGUCGCCCUCUUCGCUCUUCGCGAAAUUUAUGAUUAAGCGCCAUAGGCGACCUCUCUCUCCGGGACCCUCUCUCUCUCUCUCUCUCUUUCUCUCUCUCUUCUCACUCUACAAUGAAGAGAGGUUCUCGAACGAUCCAAUAGAGAAAGGAUGUCGGAGCUUUCCGCAGCAGUGAAAGGAGAAUCCUGGCAUUCCGACCAUCAAAGAAUUGCAUUAUCUCCAUCCAACUUAUCUUCUGGCAAUCCUGUAAAUAUGGAAGUUGGAGAUGACGAUGAAGAGGAGGAUUUGGAUUUCAAUCCUUUUUUGAGGGAAGAAACUCCUUCAGAUGCCUCAUCAAGUCUGACUUCAGAAAAUGAAGGUGCAUCUGCUAGUGUUGAUAAAAUUAUGAGCUCUUCAGAUCAACAAGAUGUUAAUACAGCGUCUAGGCCAAUUGAUGAGACUCAACAUUGUAGUUUAAUUAUUGGAAAAGAGGAUGAGAAUACCCUGAUGCAUAAUAGGCUUGCAACAGACGAUGACUGUGGGAAAGAACCUGUUCAAGAAAACCAAGGGACAAAUUGUACACAGCAGGAGGAAAACUUAACUGUUUGUGGGAAAUCCCAGAAUCCAACGAUCAGCAUAGAUGAUGAGGAUGCCAUCUUUAAGCGCACACGGGCUCGCGUUUCUCUGGCAAAUUAUACACUCGAAGAAUUAGAGACCUUUCUCCAGGAAUCUGAUGAUGAUGGGGACCUACAAAAUAUUGAUGAAGAAGAGGAAUAUCGUAAGUUUCUUGCAGCUGUUCUACUGGAUGGAGGAGAUGACAAACACAAUGGACAGGGGGAUGAUAAUCUGGAUGAAGAUGAGAAUGAUGCUGACUUUGAAAUUGAAAUUGAGGAGGCAUUAGAAAGCGAUGCUGAUGAAAAUAUCGAAAAUGAGAAAUUAUUAGAUGACAAGCAAGAGGAAGAUUCCCGUAGGCCCGUGACUCGGCAGAAGAAACGGCUUAAGGAGUCAGCUGAAAGUAAGAAAUGCUUUCUGGGGCAACCAAAAUUGCCCUUGCGUCCUAUUCUGCCGUAUGUUGCUCAUGCCCAAGUAUCCCCUCUCCCUGCCUAUGGAUGGCAGUUUCCUUCUAAAAAUGGAGCUGAUUUGGCGAAUGGAUUCACAGCUCAGCAAAUAGGCCAGCUCUAUUGCUUAAUACAUGAGCAUGUUCAACUUUUAGUUCAAGUCUUCUCUGUUUGUGUUCUUGAUCCAUCACGACAGCCGGUUGCUGUUGAAGUUCAAAAGAUGAUCACAGAGAUGGUUUGUAGGCGCGAGGAAGCCUUGGUUUCGAACAAAGUUCCUUAUCCGAGGACUUGCUUUGAGACUCCAUAUCUUCGUUCAUCACUUGAUAAUGCUUCUAAUCAGAGUUCAGAAUUCUCCCACUGGAUGCCAUUAAUUGAUUGCCCUUUAUUUUCCAUUCUUGAUGUGGCACCACUAAGGCUGGCAAAUAGUUACACAACUGAUGUUACAGCUACUGUUGUAAGGUAUAGGCAGAGUCAUUUGGACAAUGCAGCUGACAAAAGCCACUUGAAAAGAGAACCUCUUUUUCCUUUGCCUAUGAUCGACACCGGCAGGGAGAGUAAUAAUAAGCUUCUUGGAGGAUUUAAUACAAUGUCUACAGUUUCAUCACUUUCACCUGGUCAGCUGCAACCUAAAAAGUCAUUAGCUGCUACCCUUGUAGAAAGUACCAAGAAGCAAUCAGUUGCUAUCGUCCCUGUGGAUAUAGCCAGAUUAGCACAGAGGUUUUUUCCUCUGUUUAAUAUUGCGCUGUUUCCUCACAAACCUCCGUUGCCAGCAGUUGCAAACCGUGUGCUUUUCACUGAUGCGGAGGAUGGAUUACUAGCAAUGGGACUGAUGGAGUAUAAUAAUGAUUGGGGUGCGAUACAGAAGCACUUUCUUCCUUGUAAGUCGAAACAUCAGAUUUUCGUCAGACAGAAAAACCGCAGCUCUUCUAAAGCUCCUGAGAAUCCAAUUAAGGCUGUGCGACGUAUGAAGACCUCUCCGUUGACAAUAGAUGAAAAGGCACGGAUCUACGAGGGACUUAAAUUAUUCAAACAUGAUUGGAUAUCUGUUUGGAAAUUUUUUGUCCCACAUCGAGAUCCGUCACUAUUGCCACGCCAGUGGAGAAUUGCUACUGGAACCCAGAAGUCCUACUGUAAAAGUGAAGCUGUUAAAGAAAAGAGGCGAUUAUAUGAAGCAAAAAGAAGAAAAAUGAAAGCUUUAACGGCUGAUACAGAAACAAUACCUGGAAACGAGGUUGACAAUGGAGGACCUAACAGUUCGGAUGAAAUGGAUAAUGAAAACGAAGCUUAUGUUCAUGAAGCAUUUUUAGCAGACUCGAGCAUUGGUAGGAAUGACACACAGUCUGUUCAGUUGAUACAGCAUGAGGGGGCUUACAUUGGUCAAAAAUCCUCCACUAAUACAGAUGAAUCUGAUGAUCUACAUCAAGUAGGUGGAACAAAGCUUGAUCUUCCAACAUCCUCAAAGACUUUUGAAAACACGAAUGAUUUUUCCAAGCAGACUGGUGUAUACUCUGUUUCACCUAUGAACUUAUUUUCUGGGUCAAAGUCAAAGUCCAUAGGGAAAAAUAUGUUGGUCUCAGUGCCUCAAGCACGCAAAAAUAAAGGGGCCCGGGUAGUGAAGUUGGCUCCCGACUUGCCACCUGUAAACCUCCCCCCCUCUGUUCGUGUGAUAUCCCGCUCAGCUUUUCAUGGCUUUCGUGGUGGAUCAUUAUUUUCUAACAUCAGUUCUAAUGCAACGAAAGAUGUUGUUUCUACGAGCUCUCAGGCCAUUACAAAAUAUAUUAAUACAGAAAAUCCAGGAAAACAGUUGAAUCUAUGCUCUGAUGGGGGUCCCCAUACAAAUAUGGCUGAAGAAAAUCCUGUUGAGUCUGAUUUCCAGAUGCAUCCUCUACUAUUCCAGUGUCCUGAAGAUCAAUCAUCAUAUUACCAUCAAGUGAGCAGAUACAGUUUUCUCUCUCAGAAUAGCGGUCAGGUUGAUCCCGUAGUGGGAGUAAAAGAUAACAUCAACAUUAUUUCGUACUCGAGAGAAGCUCCUGCAGAGGUGCAUACUAUCGACUUCCACCCUCUACUGCAAAGAAGUACUGGUGCAACUUUGUCGACCAGAAUUAGAGGUUCUGAGAACAUAGUAUCAGAUGUAGAGUGCCAUCAAUUCCUCGACCAAUCUGACUGUAACUUGAGAGAAUCUGUAAGCCACAGUGAGAAGGAAAACAAUCUUGACUUGGAUUUCCGCUUAUAUUCUGCAACAGAUAAUGAAAACUUAAAAUUUGCUAGCAGAGAUUCACUUGAGCAUGUCGAGUCAAGGACUUCUUAUUUGAAGCAUAGUGGUCUUUCAAAUUCGAGCAGAGUUUUUGCCCAGUCACAAGAGUGCGAGGUGGAAAAUGUUCAUCUUAUUGGACCUGAACCUACUAGAAUGAAUAAUUAUGCUCGCCAAUCCUUGGAAGAGCGUAAUGAGGAGUCUUUGCCAGGUAUUGUAAUGGAACAGGAGGAAUUGAGUGAUUCGGAUGAAGCGAGUGAACAUGUGGAGUUUGAACGUGAGGAAAUGGACGAUUCAGAGGAAGAUGCACAACCUUCUCAAACCCACAAUCAGGAUAUUCAAACCUUUGUUUCUCUGGGGGAACACCAAGCCAUUGAUGAACAUAGUCAAGUGCAUCGGCCAAGAUCAAUCAUCCAACAAGGACCAGCCCAAGAGAGCAAACUCUGUUCAAGCUCAUCACAGGCGCGACAAGAUCCAUGUCAUGCUAAUGUUCCCCAAUUAAAGCCAAAGAAAGACUCUGGCAAAAAGGACACGUUGCGCAAAACUCAUCUUGGUGCAGCUCAUGCACGUCCUCAUCAAUCGAGCAAGGCGCGACCAAAAAGCUCGAGAGCCUGCCCAAUUGAACCGCGGCGGCUGCAUUUGCAAACGGAUACCGAAUGCAUGAAUGCUAAUCCCAGAAAACCGAGAAAACGGUCAGCUCCAAAUUAAUUCAGUGCUAACCUUUUUUUUCUUUUUCUCUUUCUCUCUUGCUCUGUAUAUCUUUGAGACUAAAAGAUCCAGUGGUGCUUUUUAGCCGGUUUAGUUAUUCGGGAACAACCAUCAAAAAAUAAUAAUAAUAACAAGUUAACAACGGAAAAAAGAAAAGGCACUGAUAACCAAAUUAGCAUUUGACACCCUAGGCUUAGCUACUAACUGUAACUUCUUAGACAACUUCCUCGUAGGAAUAUAUUUAGAUUAGAACCUGUGAGGAAAGCGAGUGAGGCGGUUCUCUGCUUCAGAUAUUGGUGGAUGUACCUUGUAAUUUGUUAAUGAUGUAUUGUAUACACCACACUUGUAAAUGUUUGAGGUCUUUCUCCAUGUGCAGAAAUGAUACUAAGGAGCUUUUAGAUUCGUUGCAA